CUCAUUUCGCAAAGAAAAAUGCGUGGAUGCACAAAAUGUACGCAGGGCAGUUGAAUGGAGCUUGGACCGGCCCGCUCCAAGGUUUUCGUCCUGACAGGAACCCUAAUUCCAAGUGGUACCUUACACCAGAUGAACUCCCAGAUGAGCUUGCUCCUCUGGGAUCAAAAUAUCCGUUGGGGUGGGGCUACAUUAUGUCGCGUGAUAUGGUUGAGCACAUCGCACAACGUGUGUCCGACUACACGGCUCACCCUGACAGGCGCCCUAAAUGGUGGGCUCUCCUUCCCUGGGAAGACACGCUUGUAGGAGUGCUGCUGGCGGAUGCAGUCAAAUUGGACAACCAUGCAGGCUUCAAAGCAGCCUGGAAUGGGUGCUCCAACAACACUGUGGUGAAGCACCUUGACAUCGAUGCACCCGAGUUUCAAUACCACCUGUACGAUGCUGAGGUCACUGGUGGCUGGACCAACAACUCUGUUGACUGCUCUGCUGGCGACUUCCUACCGGAUGAUGUUGAUAACUGGAGAGCAUGGAGAAAUUCGCUGCCAGAUGUGACUUGGGUUGGGGAGACAUGA